GUAGGGGUACUGCUUGUACCCUGUUUAAUAUUUCAUUUGCUAAUACAAAAAAUGUCAUGUGCUUGCUCAUUUCUAUUCUAAUUGAUUUUUGUUGUCCGGUAUUUGUUUUACCAGCUAUUUGUAUCACCAUUUUUCUUAAUUUUGAUUCCAAUGCACGGAGAUCAGGUAGAUAUCAAGGAGUUAGUCUCCCACAUGAGUUCCCUAGCUUGCCUCCAUUCCCAUCUUCUUAUUCAUCUCACAUUUCCCAUAAUUAUAGUGAUUGCUUCCUUACUACCGUGCAACGUUCAACUUAGUUCAUGUUUUAAAUCUUAUAGCAUCUGAUUAAACCCUUUACCUUUUUCAAGUCAAGUAUAGGAUUAAUUAAAAGGUUGAUCUAAGAUUCCAAGUUCAAGCCUCCCUUUUUAGGCAAGAUACUUCUUCAACAAGUAGGUCCUGGAUGCUUUGACAUUAAUGUUGCCUUUCAUAUGAGAGAUGAUGCUUCCAGGAUGAUGAGUCAGAAAUGAAUGAUCCAACUCUGUACUGUGUUCCCUCUGUAUUCAUCCUAAGUCACAUCCAAGAUUGCCGCACAAACACUGCUGCUUUAUCCGCUGCUUUACCUAAGAAUGGGCUGACUUGGAAAGCAACUUCAAGAUCUAACAAGUUGAUGAAAAAUGGUGGUGUUCACAAAUCUGUCGUAGUUGCUGGCUUGCAGCUAUAAUCUUCUACCCUCCAAAGAAUGCCCUCUCUGGUAAGGACAUGGAUUUUCUUUGAGUUUCUCUAGUAACUUCCCUUGAUCAAUUCCCUAAAUCAAGGACAAUUCGAGGAUAUAUAUAAAGGUGGAUGGCGUAAAGCUUUGAGGAUUCUUGUGUUGUAUCUAUCCAUCCAUCUGGUGUUAAGAAAACUCUUCAUGAAUGCAUACAUGAACUGCAUGGAGCUGGGACUUUGGAUGUAACAAGUCAGUGGAGCUUUGAAUAACAGCUGGUGGCUGGUUUUGAUCAACAUUGCAAAAACAGU